GUGAGCUGUCGAAUUGCAUGGAAGUCAGCGGUUUGUGCGGCGAGACUAACCUGAGAUAAACCAGCACACAGUGUGGUGUUUUGGGGAAAUUGUAUUUAUAUAUUUAUUAACGACGGUGUCUCUCAUCCUGUGAAUACAUCAGGUUCGCAUUCCUCACCAUUGCUUGCUUGGUGACUUGUCACCUGCUGUCCUCAGUCGUAUCAACGUUCACCCUUCUGGGAACUAGACUUGGGGUGCUUCACCAUGAUGCAAAUGAAUGGCGAGCUGUCUUGCAAUAAGCACUCCCUGAUGAACGUGAUGAAUCGCUUCAUUGCCGCCGCCAACAACAUGGACGAGACUAUCAUGGUGCCCAGCGUGCUGCGGGAUGUCCCUGUGGAUGAGCCGCUGACCCAGCCCGCAUCCAACAAUAACGAAGAAGCUGCUUUUCCCGACAAGCAGAGAGACAUGUAUGAGCGCUACUUGCUAGUGAAGUCGAUCCGGAACGACAUGGAAUGGGGUCUUCUGAGGAGGGAUCUUUGUGCUGGGGGGUUUGUGGACAGAACCGCUAAACGGCAACAGGAGGAGGUUUGCGGAGGCAGUUUUGUGGAUGAUGGGGCAGACCUGGAGGGCCAGUUCCACUUUCACCUGCGGGGCCUUUUUGGGGUCCUGUCCAAGCUCACAGUGCAGGCAGACCACCUCACCAACCGGUACAAGAGGGAGAUUGGUGGCGGAAACUAUAUCAGAUAAGGACUCGCUGAUGUUAACUAUGAGACACUGCUCCAUCUGGACUGUGAACCUGCAAGGUUUGCCUUGGAAGGACUUGUGUCUUGAGGGACUUUUGUAGAACUGUACCCUGCCUCAUGUUUAAGAAGGACCACAGACUGAAGGCUUGCUCCCGCAGAGCCUGUCACCAGCUCCCAUCUCCCGCAGUCUCCUUUCUAAAGUACUUCCUCCUAUAACACUCGAUCGGUGUAGGUUAGUGGCCUUUUCCUGAUGCUGGCCAAGGAGUUCUGCUAUGUGUAGCUCCACACAGUGGAGUCUUUAAAUAAUGCGACAUGCUUUUAACAAUGUAUUUUAACUAUUUGGGAUUGAUGUCCCUGAUAUUUACACUCAAACCAUUUUUCUAUCUAAUUCUGAGCAUGUAAAACCAGUUGUAUACCUCAGACUUGGUGGGCUUGGCUUAUAGGGUUGCUACAUGUGUGUUUGGGAAUGACUUGGGUUGGUGAUGGUGUACCACUUUAAAUCAAGUGUUCUAACUUAUUGUAUGUGUGGAUUUUUUUUUUAUUUUUUUUUUUUAUUUAAAGAAAUGUCAAUUUUCAAGUUUCAAUUUUGUUUAAUAUUAAAUAAACCUCAGCGAUACAGUAUGUGCUUUGGGUCUUCAGUUGUCCUGUUUAAAUGGACAAAUUCAACCAUACUACAUCCACAGUCAGUGCCUUGGUCUGUCACCACUGCAGCAGAUUGUGUAUUUGUGGUUGGCUGAUUAUAUCCCCAUAAACGGGGAGUAAAAUCAUAAAUAAAAUGUCUAGCAUUUUGCUUCA